UCCUUUUUCUUUUUUGUAACUGUAAUUUUGCUGAUGUGAUAAUAAUUGGAGUCGAUUGGUUUUAGCAAGAGAACCCAAGCAAAAUCAAGCCAAUAAAAUAAGGAAGAAUGAAUUAUUGGAGUUGGAGAAGAAGAUCCUGUUUGAUGAUAUUUUAGCUGAUGUGAUAUUUUUUGUUUUGUUUUUUUUUUUUUUUUAAGGGAAGAAAGGGAGGAACUGUUGUUAUUGUGAUGGGAAGAAAGGAAUGAUAAGAGAGAGAGAGAGAGAGAGAGAGAGAGGGGGCAGGGCCUCAAGUACUAGUAGGGAAAGGAAAAGAAGCUGUGGCUCUUUUUGUAUUGAGUAAAUCAGAGAGAGAAAGCAAAAGAAAGCUUCUAGUUGAGCAUCAAUGGGGGGGAUAGAGAAUAGAGAGUAGCUUUUCGCUGAUACUGGGUCUGCCUCUUUUCACCUUUCUGUUUUGGCGGUCACUGGGAAAAUGCCAGUUGUUGCUCCCUCUCUGAUGGGUAUGUUAGUGUUACCACCCAAGUUUCAAGUCUAGAGUCCAGAGAAAUAAAUCUUCGAGUGGACAGAUCUGGGUGUCGGGAAAUAAAUAAGCUAGCUCGAGAUUUGUGAAAGCUAAGAAAUGGAAGCGAGUGCUGGGUUAGUGGCGGGCUCUCACAAUCGGAAUGAACUCGUUGUAAUCCGCCGUGACGGUGAAUCUGGCCCGAGGCCAUUGCAGCAAUUGAGUGGACAAAUAUGCCAGAUAUGCGGAGACGACGUAGGCCUGACUGUGGACGGAGAGCUGUUCGUGGCCUGCAACGAGUGUGCCUUUCCCAUAUGCAGAACUUGCUACGAGUAUGAGCGCAGAGAAGGAAACCAAGUCUGCCCUCAGUGCAAAACCAGAUUCAAGCGUCUCAAGGGGUGUGCUAGAGUCGAGGGCGACGAAGAGGAAGAUGAUAUCGAUGACUUGGAGAAUGAAUUCAAUUUUGAUGCGAGGAAUAAACAGGACAUGCACCGUGCUCUUUUCUCCGAUGCAAUGCUUCACUAUGGCCGUGCCUCCGAUUCCGAUCUCCCGCAUGAUCUUCAUUCUACACCCCAAGUUCCUCUCCUCACUAACGGUCAAAUGGUUGAUGAUAUUCUUCCUGAACAACAUGCUUUGGUCCCUUCAUUCCCGGGGGCUGCUGGUGGAGGCAAACGGAUUCAUCCUCUUCCUUUCUCAGAUCCUGCUCUUCCUGUGCAACCCAGGUCCAUGGAUCCUUCCAAAGACUUGGCUGCUUAUGGCUAUGGCAGUGUUGCUUGGAAGGAAAGGAUGGAGAGCUGGAAGCAAAAACAAGACAAGCUGCAGAUGAUGAAGAACGAAAAUUCCGGAAAAGGUUGGGACCCUGACGGGGAUGGCCCAGAUCUACCACUCAUGGACGAGGCAAGACAACCAUUGUCUAGAAAGUUGCCUAUUCCAUCAAGUCAAAUCAACCCUUACCGGAUGAUCAUCAUAAUCCGACUUGUGGUUCUUGGAUUCUUCUUCCAUUAUCGAGUCAUGCAUCCUGUUAAUGAUGCAUAUCCGUUGUGGCUUGUGUCUGUAAUUUGUGAGAUCUGGUUUGCGCUGUCAUGGAUUCUUGAUCAAUUCCCCAAGUGGCUCCCUAUUGACAGGGAAACUUAUCUCGACAGGUUGUCCCUUAGGUAUGAGAAGGAAGGCCAACCUUCUCAACUUUGUCCAGUUGACAUAUUUGUGAGUACUGUUGAUCCAUUAAAAGAGCCUCCUCUGGUGACAGCAAACACAGUUCUUUCCAUCCUUGCAGUGGAUUACCCUAUUGACAAGAUCUCGUGUUAUGUUUCUGAUGAUGGUGCUGCUAUGCUGACAUUUGAGGCACUUUCAGAAACAUCUGAGUUUGCAAAGAAGUGGGUCCCUUUCUGUAAGAAGUUCAGCAUUGAGCCACGGGCCCCUGAAUUUUAUUUUGCUCAAAAGAUGGAUUACCUUAAAGAUAAAGUGCUCCCAUCAUUUGUAAAGGAUCGGAGAGCAAUGAAGAGAGAGUAUGAAGAGUUUAAAGUUCGAAUCAACGCUUUGGUAGCCAAGGCCCAAAAGGUCCCAGAAGAAGGGUGGACAAUGCAAGAUGGGACUCUGUGGCCUGGAAAUAAUGUCCGAGAUCAUCCGGGGAUGAUUCAGGUUUUUCUUGGUCAAAGUGGAGGGCAUGACACAGACGGAAAUGAAUUGCCACGCCUGGUGUAUGUCUCUAGGGAAAAAAGACCUGGGUUUAAUCACCACAAAAAGGCCGGAGCAAUGAAUGCUUUGGUCAGAGUCUCUGCUGUGCUAACAAAUGCUCCUUAUCUGUUGAACUUGGAUUGUGAUCACUACAUCAAUAAUAGCAAGGCUCUUAGAGAGGCAAUGUGUUUCAUGAUGGAUCCCUUGCUUGGAAAGAGGGUGUGCUAUGUGCAGUUCCCACAGAGGUUUGAUGGUAUUGACAGGCAUGAUCGAUAUGCUAAUCGGAACACUGUAUUCUUUGAUAUUAACAUGAAAGGUUUGGAUGGCAUCCAAGGACCUAUAUAUGUUGGGACUGGAUGUGUCUUCAGAAGGCAGGCGUUCUAUGGUUUUGAUGCUCCUAAAGCAAAGAAACCACCAACCAGGACUUGCAACUGUUUGCCAAAGUGGUGCUGUUGUGGCUGCUUUUGUUCUGGGACAAGGAAGAAGAAGAAGACUAACAAACCUAAAUCUGAGAUGAAGAAGAAAAACUCUAGCAUGGGAGCACCUGUGCGUGCUUUGGAGGGUAUUGAAGAGGGGAUUGAAGGAGUUGAAGGUGAAAAUUUCACUCUGAUAUCUGGGCAGAAGUUGGAAAAGAAGUUUGGACAAUCUUCUGUGUUUGUUGCAUCUACUCUGCUAGAGGACGGCGGGACACUGAAAAGUGCUAGCCCAGCAUCUCUGCUUAAAGAAGCCAUCCAUGUCAUUAGCUGUGGCUAUGAAGAUAAAACCGAAUGGGGAAAAGAGGUUGGCUGGAUCUACGGUUCGGUUACGGAAGAUAUAUUGACAGGUUUUAAAAUGCAUUGCCAUGGAUGGAGAUCAAUAUAUUGCAUCCCUGACAGGCCUGCAUUUAAAGGAUCAGCUCCCAUUAAUCUCUCUGAUCGUCUGCAUCAAGUCCUUCGAUGGGCCCUCGGUUCGGUUGAAAUAUUUUUGAGCCAGCACUGUCCUCUCUGGUAUGGAUAUGGAGGAGGUCUGAAGUGGUUAGAGCGCUUGUCUUAUAUAAAUGCUACUGUAUAUCCAUGGACUUCGAUUCCCCUUCUUGCAUAUUGUACGCUUCCUGCUGUGUGCUUGCUCACAGGAAAAUUCAUCACUCCUGAGCUCAGCAACGUUGCUAGCUUGUGGUUUCUGUCUCUUUUCAUUUGCAUCUUUGCGACGGGUAUACUGGAAAUGAGAUGGAGUGGAGUUGGCAUUGAUGAGUGGUGGAGAAACGAGCAGUUUUGGGUGAUUGGAGGAGUUUCAUCGCAUUUAUUUGCAGUGUUCCAGGGGCUUUUAAAGGUUUUAGCUGGUGUGGAUACAAACUUCACCGUGACAUCAAAAGCAGGGGACGAUGAAGAGUUCUCAGAGCUGUACGCAUUUAAGUGGACCACUUUACUGAUACCACCAACAACAUUGCUAAUAAUAAACAUCAUCGGUGUGGUUGCAGGAGUCUCCAAUGCAAUAAAUAAUGGGUAUGAGUCUUGGGGGCCUCUGUUUGGUAAGCUAUUCUUUGCCUUCUGGGUGAUUGUUCACCUCUAUCCUUUCCUCAAGGGUCUGCUGGGUAGGCAGAACAGGACUCCCACGAUUAUUAUUGUCUGGUCAAUUUUGCUUGCUUCCAUCUUCUCCCUCUUGUGGGUUCGUAUCGAUCCGUUCUUGGCCAAGUCGAAUGGUCCUCUUCUAGAGGAAUGUGGAUUGGACUGUAACUAGCAGCAGCGUCGGCGAUAGCUUGCUAGAUAAUUUAUGGCUGGAUUGAUGAUAAAACCAAGAGAUGUGUUUGGUGUGAUGGAGUCUGCGAGCUGUAGAUGAAUUGGGUGUAUGGGCGUGGAUACCUCAUUUCAACUCCUUCCUUUUCUCUUUGGUAGAUGGAAAUGACAGGAUCAAAGGUGAGGCUUGGUGCUGUUUGUAAGCUUUGUGGGUUGUGGUUGACUGUUGGGAACAGCUACUACAGUGCUCCUUUCAUUCUUUAUUGUUGGUUUGAUUUAUACGGGAAGAGGAGGAGGAGGUGCGGUAAUUCACACUACCUCUGCUGUAUAUUAUUUAUUGUCACGGGUCUCUCUCUCUCUCUCUCUCUCUAUUUGAUUCACAAUAAGAGUGGCCGUGCCCUUCUGCAUGUAAGUUGUAACUACAGAGGCAGACAAACUUAUGGGACAGAACUAAAUGGUGAGGCUUUAAUGUGCCCUUUUAUGUUACCGUUGCCACUUAAUGUAGCUAUUUUAUGGCCCGAACAGUGUAUAAAAAAAACCCAAAAAGUUCCACUUGUGUCCAA